AUGUCAGAGGAGCGGAGAGACGUCCUCAAGUUGAGCCGUGAUUGGCUGUCUGUGAAGGAAGUUGUGGACGCCGUCAGCAGCGCUUCCUGUGGUGCCGUUUCAGUAUUUAUAGGUACGACCCGUGAGGACGAGUUGGAGGGGAGAAAGGUGAUUGGUCUAGAGUAUGAGGCGUACGAGCUCAUGGUCCAAUCAGAGUUCACCAAACUGUGCGCUGACAUCAGAGAACGCUGGCCAACCGUGACACACAUCUGUGUCCACCACAGGCUGGGGAUGGUGAAGGUGGGCGAGGCCAGCGUUGCCAUGGCGAUCUCGUCUCCUCAUCGCCACGACGGCCAGCAAGCAAUCCAGCACUGCAUCGACCGGCUGAAGGCCAAAAUCCCCAUCUGGAAGAAGGAGGUUUACGACACGCGGGAGACGAGCUGGAAGGAGAACUCUGAGUGUCCCUGGUCCGCUCACAGUAAAGUUCAGAGAGAAAACAUGAACGUUAAAUAAAGCUUCAACAGAAACUGAACAUUGAAACCUUCAUGAAGGAGGAUCAAUCGCAGGACUGCUGGAGCAGACCUACCUGGUUUGAGCUGGGUGUUCCUAAUAAACUGGACACGGAGUGUAUUUAACAGACUGAUCACCUGUUAACCAAUCAAUGUGGUGAUACUGGGUCAGUUCAUGUCGUCCUUGUCUUCAUGGACACGUUACGCAAAGUGGACAGUGGAUCUGUCCCACAAACCAGAAAGACAUCCAAGUCGUUUUGAAAAACAGUCAUUUCAAACAGAGACUCUGGACCCUGGUCCUGACGCCUCAGGCCCCUGGUCUCUGAAAUGAAUACAACAGAUCUGUUAGGGUUUUAUUCUUUCCAGAGACUGACUCCGGAGAUGUGUGGUUUCCUGGUGAAGAUGAUUUCUUUAAAAUGUGAGUUUUGUCAGAGAGGUCUGGCAGAGGACCAACAAACGUGGAGCAGUUUCAACACUUUAGCUGUCAAGUGUUCCUGGAUCUUUCAAAAUCUUGUUUCCUCAUCAGACGGUGAUGCGGUGGAAAAUGUUUCCGUUUUGAGAGGAGUGCCAGUGUUUCUUAGGCUCACCUGUGUGGGCGGAGCUUACCAGGUAGCUUGUGCUCGUUUAGACAGCAAGGAGGUUUUAUUAUGAUCCUGCUACACAUUAUCUUUACUCCUAUUGGGUGAUAUUCUCUUCCACAUUAAAUAACAGCUGAAGUCUCCAGUUUAAUCAGUUUAACCAUAUUAUUUGAUAAAUACUGUCUCCAUUUAUACAAAUGGAAAGGCAAUAACUUUACACUCCUAUUAAUGACUUCAAUAAAUGAUCAGCAGAGUCUUUGAUAACCCACACGGUUAUUUGUUG